CGCCCACUUCCAGGCUCGAGCGACUUGCAGAAACAUUUUGCAGAGAAAGUUUUUGUUAUUGUGACGGGUUUUGUGAAAUAUUACAUUUUUUAAAGCUCAUCAUUUUGCAGUUCUCGUGGUCGAUAUUGUGCAGCAGUUCGCGCAUUUUUUUCAGAAGCUUAUCGUUCGUGUAAGCAAACGUUUUGUUUCAAGCCCACUUUAGCAGAUGGUUUAACCUUGUAUCAUGACGACUGAAGUGGGAUCUGCAAUUCAAGUAAACGAAGAAUCAAAAGGAACUGAACCAGAUGAUUCCGAAGCAUCAAAUCCGGACAAGACCAGCAAUGGAAAUGAGGAAGCAGAAAAAGAAAUCCAGGAAGAUGAACAGCCUGAAUCCACAACACAACCCCUGAAAGAACAGGAGUUUAAUUCUUCAAUUUCAGAUGCAAGUACCCAGUCCACUCCUUCUAGUAGUGAUAAAAAGGAUCCAACGGGUGGUAAAGGAUUGUUUCGUUUUUUGCCUGGUUGGCUUAAAAAGCCAAAAUCAAUGUCCCAGGUGGAAACUACAGAAGAAAAAGAAGCCGAGGAGGAUAUUCAAACUAAAGACAGAAAUUCCGAAGAUGAACAGCCAGAGUUAAUGAAGUCUACAUCAGAAAAUGAAGUUGUGAAAGGAAUGGAAACAGAGGAGAGCAAGACAGAUGAAAUAGUGGAGCAGUAUUCAUUGAACAGUGCAGAGUUACAGACAGAUUUACAGACAGAUAAAGCGAAAAAGCCUGAAGAAAGUUUGGAAAAGGAUGCAGAUAUGGACAAUGAAGAGGUGGUACUAGAUGAGAAAAAGGAUGAAAAUAGCAAAGAUGGAGAAGUUUGGAAAGAUGAAGAUGCAAGCAAAAAGUCUCCACUGAAAAUUCCGAAAAAGAUAAAGUUCAUGCAGAGCAAGGUCUUCAUGUUGGAUGGUUCAGAGUUUACUUAUGAAAUUGAGAAACAUGCUAAAGGACAAAUAAUGUUGGACAAGGUGUGCGAACAAAUCAACUUGUUAGAAAAGGAUUAUUUUGGUCUUACUUUUCGGGAUGCCACAGGCGAAAAGAAUUGGUUGGACCCUGCCAAGGAAAUAAAGAAACAAAUUCGAAGUUGUGCUUGGCACUUUAAUUUUAAUGUAAAAUUCUACCCUCCGGAUCCUUCACAACUAACUGAAGACAUCACAAGAUAUUACUUGUGCCUUCAACUCCGCCAAGACAUCGUAUCUGGUCGUUUGCCAUGUUCUUUUGUAACUCAUGCCCUUCUUGGUUCCUGCGCAUUGCAAGCGGAACUUGGAGAUUAUGAUGCCAAUGAACACAAAGCAGGCUACGUUACAGAAUUGCAGUUUUCUCCAAACCAGACAAAAGAAUUGGAAGAGAAAAUUUCUGAACUGCAUAAAACACACAGGGGUUUAACUCCAGCCCAGGCUGAUGCUCAAUUUCUGGAAAAUGCCAAAAUGCUUUCCAUGUAUGGUGUAGACUUGCACCAUGCAAAGGAUUCAGAAGGAGUGGAUAUUAUGUUGGGUGUAUGUGCAAAUGGACUGCUCAUCUACAAAGAUCGUCUCAGGAUUAACCGCUUUGCUUGGCCAAAGAUUCUUAAAAUUUCUUACAAGCGAAGCAAUUUCUAUAUUAAAAUUCGACCUGGAGAAAUAGAGCAGUUUGAAAGUACUAUUGGUUUCAAGUUGCCGAAUCAUCGAGCAGCAAAGAGAUUGUGGAAAGUUUGUGUGGAACAUCACACUUUUUUCAGGUUGCUGUCUCCUGAGCAAACACCGAAAAGCAAGUUCAUGACCUUGGGUUCCAAGUUCCGCUACAGUGGGCGCACCCAGGCACAAACACGGGAGGCAAGCAUCCUCAUUGACAGACCCGCGCCAUUUUUUGAGCGUACUUCGAGUAAGCGAAUGUCGAGAAGUCUUGAUGGAGUUCCAGCAGGUGGCAUUAAUGAAGUGGGUCUGCAGCAAGAAUCUUCCUGUUUAAGUUCAACAGCAGAUGGUGUUAAAACAGAAGCAGAUGCGUUGGCAAUAAAAGAUAUAACCACUUCUUUGAAAGCCUCACAGCUGGAAAUGCCUGUGGAAACAAAGAAUAACUCAUUGAGCAUAGAAGGCGAAAGUAUUUAUGUCAGACAUAGCAAUUUAAUGUUGGAGGACCGUGAUAAAACCCAGGAGGAUCUAUUGAAACAUCAAGCUAGCAUUAGUGAACUAAAACGCAGUUUCAUGGAAUCCACAUCGGAAACGCGUCCAAAUGAAUGGGAAAAUCGGUUGACUAAACCCUUGUUACUGCAAACAGAAGGGAGCUUAGAAGAGGAGAUAACAUCGCUUUUACUUAGUAAAGAAAGCUUCUCAACAGGCUUGGUGGCCUCCUUCUCGUCUACUGUUUCUCAGGCAUUAGAGGAUGCUGGGUUGAAAGAAAAAGCUGCUGCUGAAUCUGUUUCUCUCAUAGACUCCAAGCAGCUACCUGAGACUUCAGAUGAGAAUCAGAAAUCCGAGAUGGAGGAGCAGGCAGAGGUUAUAGUAGAAGAAGCAAUAGUGAUUGAAGAGGUAAAGAGUGCACCCGGCCAUUCAAAAGUAAAACUUGAAAGCCCUGUUGAAAACAGCUCAAUUGUACCCCCUGUUGAGUUGGCAGCAAAAGAGAGUAAUGUCUCAUCCUCUGAUAGCCGUAGUGACAGUGAGGAAGAGGCAGAAUACCACCCACAGACCAAGGAAGGAGAAAAUGUAAAGAGAGACCAAAAUGAAUGUAAGACACUGACUACAGUAGCAAUGGAUUCUGAGAUUUCAGUAACAGAUAUUGAAGAAGUGCAUUUUCCUGUUACUGUGGUACAUAAGAUGCAGGAUGUUCUGGAAGAAGAUUUGCAAGAAAUGCAAAAUGGAAAAUUGCAGGAAGCAAAGCAAGAGCAUGAAGAUAUCAAUCCCAAACUAAAUGGAGAUGUUUCGUUUAUUGAUAGUGAUGCUAUGCCAGAAGUUGUUUGUUACGCAGAGCCUCCUGUAGUAAAGACCGAAAUGGUGACAAUCUCUGAUACUGUCAGUCCUGACAAGACUGAAAUUGCAACAAAAGAAGUUCCAAUUGUUCAAACAGAAACUAAAACCAUUACAUAUGAAGCUGCACAGGGUGAUGGCAGUGGAGACAAUGAUCCUGGUGUCCUGAUGAGUGCUCAGACAAUAACUUCUGAAUCUUUUUGCCAAACCAUGACAACCCAGAUUACCAAGACUGUUAAAGGUGGAGUUUCUGAAACUAGAAUUGAAAAGCGAAUUGUCAUCACAGGGGAUACAGACAUAGACCACGAUCAGGCCUUAGCCCAGGCUAUAAAAGAAGCCAAAGAGCAGCACCCAGACAUGUCAGUCACCAGGGUAGUGGUACAUAAAGAAACAGAGCUCACUGAGGACGGGGAUGAAUGAGUGAAGAAAUGAUUGUUGGUUGAACAGAACAAAGGAUCUUGAACUUUAAAGUGACCACUGCCAUGAUCAAUAAAGAAAAAUUGCCACUGAGCUUGGAAAAUGAUCAAUAUUGCAGCCAAGUGUGAACAUUUGAAGAUGUCAAAGAUCUGUAGAAACUCAUCCUCCUAUUUAAACAUUUAAAAUAAUUAGCCAAUAUUUUGAUCAUUCACUCUACUAAUGUGUUGGCCUAUUAAUGUAUGACUUCUACGCCAUUAAAAUUUAGUCUCCACAAGCAAAUAUUACAAAGGCUAUAAAGUAGGUUUCUUUGAAGAUUUGUACAGAAUGUUACAACUAAUUUAGAUACAGUUUCAGAACCUGAAUAUGUGUAAACCUGUUGUUGCAGAAACUUUUUUUUAGCAUGAUCAAGUAGUUACCAAAUAUUGUGGAAAAGAGAAAUAUGGAAAGACUUCUCUUUAACCUGUCAGUUGAGAGAAUUAAGUCUAUUUAAAACAAAUCUCCUGUGCCACCUAUUACGCAAAAAAAAAUGAAGGGGGCCUGACAAGGGCAAGUAUCAUUCCAAUAAAUUUUUGCACUGUUACUCAUUUACUAUUAUAUUUUCUUAAGACAUCCGUGGAACUAGGAUAUCCAUACUGGAAAAGAAUACUUUUCUAUUAAUAGUUCUAUAACAAACUUUCAUAGUGAGCUUAAAAUUUAAUACUUUUAAAUCAUAUUUCUUCAAUUGAAAAGCCAAAUCAUAAUAUUGAAUACAUUUCUAUAAAUCUUUUAUGUUCUUACUACGACAGAUUAAGCUUUAGAGUGUAGCUGUUAAUAGGUGAAUUGUGGUGCAGUUCUAAAGGCUUUGUCUAAUUUUUGAGGAAGAUUUAAAGUAUAAAAAAUAACCUGUUUUAUUUUGUCUUUUCUGUAGAUAAUAUGGCAGAAUCCUUUGCUUUUAAACAAAUGCAAAGCAAUACUGAAUCCUGAUGACUGUGUUUUUAUGCUUUGAACCCUUGUAUGUAGGCAAACAACCAAAAUAGCACUCUGGCUGCUUAAAUGUUGUGUUGUGGUAUUCUUCAUGUAAUCCUGUUUGAAAAAAAUAAUAAAUUUUGCUUAAAAUAUG